AUGCGCGAAAUUCUCCCAGUGGUUGCUGCUGGUGCCGGGUUAUGCUUUCUAGGUUAUUGCAUAUACUUCGACAGAAAACGCCGUAGCGCCCCCGGAUUUCGGGAAAAUCUCAUGAAAAAGCGUCGUCAGCAGGCUCUAGAUGCACAACGGGCGUGUUCAUUACCCAUACCUCCCCUCGGUGAUCCAGGUGCGAUGCACAAGUUCUUUCUGGAGCAAAUUCAGCAAGGUGAACUUGCCCUCAGUAUGGGUUCGGUUGAGGAAGGUGUCCAGCAUUUUGCUGUCGCUGUCACCGUAUGUGGGCAACCAACUCAGCUGUUGCAAGUUCUGCAGCAGUCCCUAAGUCCAUCUGUAUUUACCAUGCUUAUCGAGGCCCUUCCUUCCGUGAGAAAUCAAAUAUUCGGUAUGUCCACUCUUCGAACAUCUGGAGCCAAAGAAGUUGAGGAAGAUUUGGAAUGAGGCAGUUGCUACGCAGAACAAAGAGUCACUCUGAUUCCAUUGUAUAUGAAGUACCCAAAUAUAGACCUGUCUUAGUUUGCAUUGUGUUACUUUUGGAGAUGUUGCAAACUGUUGGUAACCCGAAUGUUGUGUUUAUUUAUUUAUCCUAUACGACUGUUUCUCCCUUCCCCCGGAACAU